UAUAGUCAUGUUGGGCUGGAACGAGGAAGUGCAGUGGAGAGGGGAGGGACUGAGGGCGCAGCUCCAUGGGGCCGCGGCGCUGCGACCUUCUGCACAUGGAGCCGGGGACAGUUGGAAGAACUUCAUACUGCAAACUCAAGGAAUAGCAGAGUACUUGCACCGCAUGGAGACGGAAGAGGCCCAGGAAAUGGCCCCCAUGCCAGGCCGAGACAGCCCCCCUGCCAACGAUGCGGCCGAGGAGGCAGAGGAGCCCAUGGCCGUCCCAGAGGACCUGUCAGCAGGCUCCGCCCACCAGCAGAACAACAGAGGGGAGAAAGCCUGUAACAUUAAAGUUGAGGCUCGCAGUGAUGAGGAGAAUGGGCUGGCCUGUGACAUGAAUGGCGUGGAGGAGGAGGAGUGCGCGGAAGACUUGCGCGUGAUCGAUGCCUCGGGGGCCAAGGUGAACGGCUCACAGCCGAGUCCCGAAGCCAAGGUCUUCUCCUCGGCUGGCGGCAUCCGGCUGCCCAACGGGAAGCUCAAGUGCGAUAUCUGUGGGAUAGUUUGUAUUGGCCCCAAUGUGUUGAUGGUGCACAAGCGAAGCCACACUGGAGAACGUCCCUUCCAGUGCAACCAGUGUGGGGCUUCUUUCACCCAGAAAGGAAACCUGCUGCGUCACAUCAAGCUGCACUCUGGAGAAAAACCCUUCAAGUGUCACCUUUGCAGCUAUGCCUGUCGUAGGAGGGAUGCCCUCACCGGACACUUACGCACCCACUCUGUUGGAAAACCACACAAAUGCGCCUACUGUGGGCGGAGUUACAAGCAGCGCAGCUCACUGGAGGAGCACAAGGAGCGAUGUCACAACUACCUCCAGUGUAUGGGCCUGCAGAACAGCAUCUACACAGUAGUAAAGGAAGAAAGCAGCCAGAAUGAAGAGAGGGAAGACUUAAGCCAGACGGGAUCUGACAGAGCCUUGGUGCUAGACAGGCUAGCUAAUAAUGUAGCUAAGCGUAAGAGCACUAUGCCACAGAAGUUUGUGGGUGAGAAGCGUCUGUCGGACCUCUCCUACGACGGAGCACCGGAGCAGCUGAUUCAGCCCCACGUCAUCGACCAGGCAAUCAACAGCGCUAUCAGCUACCUGGGGGCAGAGUCGCUCCGGCCAUUGGUCCAACCCUCCCCAGCCUCCUCCUCCGACGUGGGCCUGGGAACCAUGUAUCCGCUGCACAAGUCUGCCCCAGAGGCCCACUCGGGGACAGGUCACGGCCUGUCAGCCAAAGACAGUGCAGCCGAGAAUCUGCUUCUGCUCUCCAAGUCCAAGUCUGCCUCUAGCGAGAAGGACGGCUCUCCGAGCCACAGCGGCCAAGACUCCACUGACACGGAGAGUAACAACGGGGAUAGAGCAGGCGGGGCGGCCCCCGGCCUCAUCUACCUGACCAAUCACAUCACCUCGGGAGUGCGGAACGGCGCGCUUCCCCUGGUGAAAGAGGAGCAGCAGCGGCAGUAUGAGGCCAUCCGGGCCAGCAUGGAGAUGGCCUCUGAGGGCUUCAAGGUGAUGACAGCGGACGGCGAGCAGGUGAGGGCGUACAGGUGCGAACAUUGCCGUGUCCUCUUCCUGGACCACGUCAUGUACACCAUACACAUGGGCUGCCACGGCUUCAGAGACCCCUUUGAGUGCAACCUCUGUGGCCAUCGCAGUCAAGACCGAUACGAGUUCUCCUCUCACAUAACACGAGGGGAGCAUCGCUACUGAGUCCGUAACACAUGCUCACACACACAAGAAAUGCCUGGAAGCGCAUAUGGGAAAUGUUCAUGCGCGAAAGUGUGGUUUUAUACAUGUGCACAUAUACGUGUGCAUGUUCCUUGCAUACAGAAGCAGUCUUACUCUCAUUUCAAAUAUGAAAAAGAAACAAAAUAAUGUUCCGUGAAGACAAAAUAGCAAAAUAGCGUGCCUGCAAAUUUCAAACUAGAAACGUUCUAUAAACAGUGUUGGGCCGAUUACUUUUAAAAAAGUGGUAAGUUGUAGUUACUUUGCCAAAAAGUAUUAACUUAGUAACUGAACUACUCCUUCAUAAAUUAGAUUUUUGAGAGGUAUUUCGCAUUUCUCUACCAAAAACGCUAGGGGGCCGUGCUUUCCUGAGAGUGAGCAACCACAACUCAUGUUGACUAGCUAUUUAGCUUCCUGUGUGGUAGCAAUGAACAACGCUGAUUGAAACGAUAUGGUUGAUGUAGAUAUCAGUGCAUAACAGCGUGAGUAAAACUUCACUGUCGGUAAUGGUAACGGCGCUGUAACGUUUGAAAUGAUAAUUCAUUAGAUUACCUGUUACUGGAAAACAAUGACGGUGUUAGCAAUGCCGUCAUUUUUAGCACCAUUACUCCCAACACUGGUUAUAAAUUGUGUAUGUACGGUAUAGACAUGUUUUUUUUCUCAUCCAAAAAACAGACAGCAACUUUUAUUUUCUUGUUUUAGACUUAAAAAUGUACACGCGUGUGUACUGACGUGUGUAAAAUGCCAACAAAAUGUUUUCAAUGUAAAUGUCUAUGAAAUACAAUCAAUCCAAAAUGUCAAUGUAGAUAACUCACACAUCAUAUUCUUUUCAUUUUAUAACCUGUAUUCUCAUACUUGUAUCAGCCUUCCUCAUAUUUUUAUUUAUAUGACAUGUACCUGCCCGUCUGUUUUGUAUUUAUUACAGUGAUUGGUGUUUGUGAGUAGAAUAGUUCAUAGAAGCUGGUCAGCUUGUAUUAAAUGUGUUCAAGGUGAAUUACACAACUGCUUCUUAAAGGCAAAGAAAAUGUUUAACUGGUCAUUUCUUUCAUUCAAUCCUGUGUGCAGAAAAUUUAUGACACUCCCAAAAGUUCCGCUGUUUGAGGUUUAAAGGAAAACUGCACUUUUUUUGGAAUAAUGCCCAUCAUCCACAAUCCUUAUGAGACACAAACACCUAUGUCUUUCUCUUUUCUGUGCGUUCUAAAGAUAUAAAAACAGUUAAAAAGACGCAGCUAAGAAUGCACAUAAUGAGAAACACUUAUUCCGCCUAUGAAGCCUUCUGAAAAACACUCCACAAAGCGCCAACAACGCUCCAUUUACAUACAGUAUAAGGUAACGGACAUAUUAACCAAUCUACAGCGACAUUGGUAUUAUUUUGAUUAACACUUACGCCGGUCGAACUAGGUUACUUGCGCAUCGACACCUUGCCACGCCACACACCGCUAGCUGCUAGCCGACUAGCAACUAGCUUCACCACACACACGCCAACACUGCACUCUCGGUGGCUUGGGCCACUACCGAAAGGUAGCGCUACAUAUUGGAGCUGCUUUGGAAAAGUUAACGCUAGGUGCAGGUGUUUGUUUCUAUGUUGCUAUGUGAAAUCAACACGCCCGGGAAGGAAGUUGGGGUCCAAAAUACUGUAAGUAUGACAUGUUAUCAUGAAUGUAUGAUCACAGCAUGGAUAUAAAACCUUAAAACCUUGUUGGAGGUUUUUGGAGGCGUUUUAAUGCGGUCUUUGUAGGCGGCAUAGGUGUGUCCCCUUACGUGCAGUAGUGAGCUCUCUUUUUAUCUGUUUUUAUAUCUUUGGAAACCACAAUAAAGAGAAACAUAAAGAUUGUGGAUGAUGGGCAAAUUUUUUUUAAAAAGUGCAAUUUUGGGAGUUCAGGCUGGCAAAAUAUCAAUAAAGGAUAUUUUCUUUAAGUGGGAAGAAUGUUGGAUUUAUUUGUAUUCUUAUGAUUUAAAAAAACAAUAGAAAUGUGUUGGUUAUAUAGCAAGUUGCUCCAAGACAGGGAGUGCAUCCUUGCAUUCCCACAUGCAUAACGUUUCCCAAGCACAUAUAGAAAAUAGUUGAUUACCUUUGCAAAAAAUGAUGAGGAUUUCACAUACAGUACAAAAAGAGUGGCCAAUCUUUCAAAGAAAAAGGUGUUAGGUGCUUUUGUCAAGGAGUGAAUGACAAAAACAUUUCCUAAAAAUCCUUAAGACAACAUAAAUGAAACAUUAAAAUGAUGUAACGUUUGUGAAUUCAUUAAAAAAACACUACUGUACUAUUGCAAUUAUUGUGGCAAAGAAUAACAUUUUUUUUCUGCUCUGGGUCAUGUCUCCAAUUUUCUGCGACAGUUUUCAAUAAAUGAACUGACCUCCUCUUACAGCUGGGGUGUCCAUACUUUUACCAGCGAGGGCCACAUACUGAAAAAUGAAAGGAAGCAAGGGCCACUUUGAUCUUUAGUAAACCAACACAUAGAGAAAUGCUAAGAAGCUAUAUGAAGCUCAAGACAAAACUGCAUUUCACCUUUGUAAUAUCGGUGAAAUGCUACUAAAAAUCUUCCAUAAUAAUACAAGUUUAUUCUUGUAAAAUUGCGAAAAUUGUUCUUCAUUGGAUUACGACUUUUUUUCUUAGUAUUUUGACUUUAU